GCCGCCUUCCGAGAAGGCAUUCUGGUCGAGCAAGACUGUAACAUCAGUUUUUGAGCGUGCGCGGGGAUUUGUUGGCCGUGCAAAGGACCUCCAAAACCUGACUUUGCAGUGUGAAUUUGCGGAGCUUUUUGGCGCUCGUGGACAUCCCAACACCUUUUUUGCACCAGAUCCGGAGGGUAAGGACGUAGGUAGAUCUCUAGAUCACUCUACUUCCAAAACUCAAGGUCGAGGGCAAGGUCAAGAUCAAAAGACUUCUUCAGCUAGCGCCGAAGCCAUGCAGAAACUAAGAGGAGUGCGGGCCUACGAGCCGCUGGUUCAUUGGAUGGCGGCGAAUCCCG